CAGAACUCCGCGUUGAGUUGAGUCGGAUCGCUGAUGCAGACGCAAACUUUUGCUGUUGCUUUAAGGACAAUUUCUUUAAUGUUGUAUGUGUUUGUGCGUAAAUGCAAAAAAGACCACAUAUAUAUACAUGGACACUGCAUCUAAUCUUGAGUUGCUGUGGUGACAAUUACUCCCAAAUAAGACAUCAAGUUUCUUACCGGACACCUUCUGGUGGGUUUCAAUCAACUAUACCAGAUAUAUUAUUCUAUCCAAACAUUUCUUUCAUUGGCUGUCCCAAGAUUCAACGCGCGCCUAUGACGUCUGGGUAUUUUGAAAUAAACACUUAGACUGAACGUGUUGCGAUGGGCUGCGAUGGCCGAGUGGUUAAGGCGUUGGACUUGAAAUCCAAUGGGGUCUCCCCGCGCAGGUUCGAACCCUGCUCGCAGCGAAAUUGGUUGACAAGUCUACCAUUAGUGCCCUUCGAGCUCGGAAACAGGAGUGUCUGAACAUCUCCAAUGUACCCCUGGCAGACUGCCCUCCAUCUCCCCCAAGAACCGCCCCUCCCACCAUGAAGUCUACUCAAUUCUUUGACAGUCUGGACAAGAUGGAGCAGGUUUCAGAGGUGGAGGAGUUGAGGUCAAGCCCACAAAAAGUUAAGGAUGACUACAUUUCAUACCCACCGAUAGACGAGGUUCUGAAGCGGGGUAUGCCGUACCCUCAGGUCAUUAUGCCUCAGUCUGGGGGUUACUGGAUAGAAGAUCCUGAUGCUCCUGCCACCAUUUCAAGCUGGGAGAACGGUUACUGUGAUGAGGAAGAUGAAGAAGGAGGAAAUUCAGAAGAUUUUGGUUACAAAUUGGAAAGUAACUUUGCCAUUCGAGCAUACCGCAAGCACUUUCUGGGCAGGGAACAUCUGAACUUCUACUGCUCAGCCAGUAACCAUGGCAACCUGGUACUGUCCCUCAGACAUGAGGAGGUGAAGGAGCAAGAGUACCUGCACAUCAUCCUCAGGACUCCAUCGAAGACAAUCUAUGACAGGAUCUCUUUAGCGGGUUUGACUGAGCUCCCCAGUGUCCCUCAGUUAGCCAAGCUACUAUGUGAAGAUAUUACAUGUCUGAGAUUUAAUCCAGUGCUGUACCCAAAGGGUUCUCAGUUAAUAGUGAAUUAUGAUGAGCAUGAAUUAAACAACACCUACAAGUUCGGCGUCAUUUAUCAGAAGUUCGGACAGACCUCAGAAGAGGAGUUAUUUGGAAAUAGUGAAGAGACGCCGGCCUUCACUGAGUUCCUCCGAGUGCUGGGAGAUUGCGUAGAGCUGCAAGACUUUAAAGGGUUUCGAGGUGGUUUAGAUGUGUCUCACGGUCAGACCGGGUCUCAAUCUGUUUACACUGUGUUUAGGGGACAAGAACUUAUGUUUCACAUAUCCACUAAACUGCCCUAUACAGAAGGAGACACACAGCAGGUCCAGAGGAAGAGGCACAUCGGGAAUGAUAUCGUGGCUGCAGUUUUUCAAGAGGAGGCCACACCUUUUGUGCCCGACAUGAUCGCCUCCAAUUUUCUCCAUGCGUACAUCCUCGUGCAGGUGGAGAAUCCUGGAACAGAUGACACCACGUACAAGGUAUCUGUCACAGCUCGUGAAGAUGUGCCACCAUUCGGCCCUCCUCUCCCCAAUCCACCCGUCUUCAAAAAGGGUCCAGAAUUCAGAGAGUUCCUGCUGACCAAGCUGAUCAAUGCAGAGCUGGCGUGCUACAGAUCAAACAGAUUUGCCAAGCUUGAGGAGAGGACACGGACCGAACUUCUAGAUAACCUUCAUAAUGAGGUACACAAGCACACACAGGUGAUGUUGGGACAACCUCUCAGUGGAGAUGAAGAGAGGAUGGAGAACGGAGGACAUGGAGGAAUACUGGAGUCAAUUAAGCGAGCCAUGCGUGUGCGCAGUCACUCUAUGGAUACAAUGGUGGGCUCUCAGAAACACAGCCGUUACUCUGCGGCGGGAGGAGGUGUACCCACAAGUUUAAGUGGGGUCGCACUGACCCACACUAACACUGAUGCUGCUAAAAAUUCGUCUCCAGUGACAUCAAGCGCUAAGUCUCCUCUUAAGAGCCCGGUGAAGAGACGAUCAGGGCUGUUUCCACGACUUCACACCAGUAUGGAUGGACAGCCUGAGCGUCACACACGCAGUGUCCUGUGUGAUCAGAGAAGUCUCGAUAGCGGUCAUCUCUCACAGGAAGUGAGGUCAGAGACAUUGUCCAAUCCUAGCUCUCCGGAGAUCAUAAGUAAUGAGAGAUCUUCUGUCAAGCUGAAGGAGGGAGGUGGAAGGCCAGACAUCUCUCGUUCCUCCUCCAGCACCAGCAGCUUCAGUAGUGCUGCAGGAGACCCAGAGAUGCUGGAGGAGAGAGAACCUAGCUGCCUCCAGAUGUCUCCCAGCCUCUCACCGGUAUUUGGUUCUCUAAGCACUGAGGGUCAAACUGCAGGAACGCCAUUGAUUAUGUGCCGCAGUCCAACAGAUUUCAGGAGCAAGCCCUCCGCCAGAUCCAGUCUGAAGUUCCGCUUUGACCAGUUGAGCCAAUCGGCUGCUGGGCAUUAACAAACCAAACAUCAAAGGCCAGAAUCAUUAAAUCCAGAGGAACAGCACAGAAGAUCAGACACUCCUGGCACUGAGAAGGAGAGAAAUUAAAGAGAGACACAUUACACAAACCUGUGCUCCCAAUCUGAGAAAGCACAUGAGCAUAAGCACACUGUUAACUCCUGCGUGUUUACAGCAUCUGCAGAUGUUCAGCUGGUACUGACUUGACACACAGUAUAUUGAUCUUGCACAUUCUGUGAAAGUCUUGCACUGUAAAAAUACUCCAAUAUCUUUACAUUUGCAUGGAUUAGCAGUCAUUC